UUAAAAUUAAGAUUUGUUUUAUAUUUUUAACAUAUUUUAAAGAUUAUAUAUAAGCACUGCUUCUAAGAUGAAUGUUUUAUGUAAACAAGAUAUAUAAUCAUUAUACAUAUUAUACAUAUUAAUUUAAAGAAUAUAAUAAGUAUAUAAAACGGUGAUAUGAUAUUAGUAUCUCAGUUUUCAUUAGUAGCAAUCAGCGAAUCUCUAUUAAUAUUAAUCUGAUUAUAUUGUGAAGCUUUACAACUUUCAAGAAGAAAAGCAUUUAUUAGUCUGUCUUUGUGAUUAUUGCAUUAGAAUCAUUGAAUGAAAUGGAUAUUUAAAUGCGAUGGUACAUACUCACUUUUUCUAAAAUUUGUCAUAUCGAUAGUGUAAAACGAUGAUUGUGUCAGUAGUCAAUAUGAUAAAUGAGGUUGACUUAAAUUAGCGAAUUAGAAAUUAGUGUUAUAUGCGAAAAAAUUUAUCAAAAUUAUUAGGAUGGUGCAAAAAAUAUCAUACUCAUUAAAUAUACAUGAAUUGCAUAAUCUUAAACUAUAUUUUUAUUGAACAAGAUAAUUGCCAUCAACCAUUUCAACUUUUUAUUUAUCUAAAGAAAAUUUUUUUAAUAAAAUUUGGAUUAGUAACUUUCUGUAUAAAAUAGAAUUUAAAAAGAAAAAUGAUAAAGCUUUUGCAUUAGCCUAAUAAUUGAUUUAUUCAGAUUAAUCUAUUCGAAAUAUUUCAUCAGAUAACUAACAAAGGGGCAAUCUUCUCUUCAGAGAAGAAAUAUUUAGCUAUAAAGAGAAUAUAUUCGAUUUUGAAUAGUUGGGUAUGCAUUGAAUCAUAUAAAUUGGCAUUAUACUCUUACAACGGCCUAUAUCUUUAACAACUUUAUAAGUAGUAGUAUAAAAGAUAAUUUCAUUUUGUAUCAUGUAAACGCAAUAGUGCGGUUUCUAUGCAUUCCUUGAGAACAAAUAAAUCCGGCGAGAAUAUUAUAAUACAAAAUAAUGAUAAACCUAAAGAGGUAAUCGAUGCAUUUGUAACAUAAGAGAUAUAAGCGCGUGCGUUAACAGGCAUUAAUUGUUAUAUUUUAUAAUAACUUUUAAAAGUUUAUCCUAAUACCUUAUUCGUAAGCUAUCAUAAAUCAAUGUUCUAUGCGCAUAUUAUUAUUAUUAUAUAUAUUAUACUUAAGAGUUUAUUUACGCUAUGCAAAUGUAAUCUCGAAGUCGUGCAUACGCGAUCAAUGUUGCGUUUGCAGAAAUGCAUUUACAAUACUCAAUGCAUUUAACACAAUGCAUUUAAAUAUUCUUCCCGCAUAAGAGGAAGAAAGGGACUCCAAUGUAGGAACAAAUGCUAUUACCGUAAUCUCUUACCAUCGUGCUAAUCUUAUGCUUUUACGGCUGAAAGGCAGAAUAUAUCUUAUAUAUAAGCAACGUUCGUACAAUACUUAAAGAGUUUUAUUGACUCUCAUGUACACAAAUUCGACUUACAUUUUAUUCCAUAUUUUAAGCGGAGUUAGUACUUUCUAGACCAAGAAAAUAGUGUAUCGUGCAGUUUGAUGAUAAAUAUAUUAUACUCAAUUUGAUAUCCCGAGAUAAGAAAAAAUGAAUAAUAUAGAUCGCCGGCUUAUGUACUUAGUGUCAAGUAGAGAUUUCAAUUUAUAUGUAUAAUUCUUUUUCUGGUAGUAGUAACGAAGAAUAAUCAUUAAUAAGCACGACUACACUCAUGUAUGCGCGUCUCUUCGUAAAUCGCUGCGUUAUAAAUCGAGCGGAAGGAAAGCUGGCUCUUCAGUGCCACGUGCGAGUUUUGAUAUUAAAUUAAUUUACAUGAUAUCGUUCUAAGUCUUUUAUCUGAAAAUACUGGUACCAAUAAACUAGGAAUUUGCCUUAUCUCCAGGAAAUAAUAUACGUUAUUUAUAUACCCCGCAAAGUUUCCCUGAAAUCUUUCUCUCGGAAAAUCUGUCGUCAGUAUCGCGAGAAUAAAUUGUAAUUGAUUGAAUUAGCAUCACGCAAGAAUAAAUUGUAAGAAGGGAAAAAGAUACGAGAGGAUAGACUUUUCUGUAACAACCGUUCCCGACGCAUGAGCAUCAUCAGCGUCUCGUUCUCUUUAAUCCUAACAGAACAUCUCUGCCGGAAAUAAUGGUGUCUCCUCACGCGUGUCUCUGCGGCAUGUCCAUGUCCAUCGCCAGACAGUUUCCGAAUUACGGAUUCGCGGUAGGAAACGGAAAAAAAUUCGCGUAUUGUUCGAUUAAAGACAACACCACUCGUACAGAGAAUGAGGUGUGUUUCAUUUGCGGGAUAGUACACAAAUAUAACAUUGCGUGUCCAAAUAUGUUUGUGCGCGGCACAUUUUGUGCUCUCUAUAUCAUAUUUUUUCUGAAUAUUAACGUUGCGGAAUGGGUGGACAUGCCGCAGUUCUCGGACGAGACCAAAAUUUACAGGAUACCUUCUAUACAAUACGAUCAAUUUUACAAGUUCAGACGAGGUGACGCGGACAUUAAUUUUCCUGAUGGCCAACGAAAUGACAGUCAAGCUUAUCGUCGUCCAGCCACGCACAUGAUGCAUAAUAAAAGAACAGAUAUUAAAAAGAUAAAUUCUAUCUCGGUGUCGACAACGCCAGCGAAUUUAUUUCCUGUUCAAAUCGCCGAUAGUUUUGCAGACAUCGGUAAAAAUCGCACUGCCACAAUGACUGCUGAUAUUAUAAGUGAGAAUAAAUUAAAUAACAAAGGCGAUAUGAUCUCGCCAACAAAGGGUACAAUAGUUGACACAGUUACAACUCAACCACCACCAAAUGUUAAGCAAGAAACAUCGCAAAAUAAAUAUUACAAUUCUACAUCAAAGACGAAUGAUGGUAUAUUCCAAUACCUGCCUAUAGAUAUACUUAAAAGUGUUCAUCAUACUUUACAAUCGCAGCCAGCGUCGAUCGAAGGAAAGCUUUACUUUCUUAAAACGUUCGAGAAGACAUUAAUAUCGGAGAUAGGUGAGAUUUGCAGAAUCAUUCUCGGCACUUCUAUCAGAAACGCAUGUAGAUAGUUUAUUCUUAUUUUAUCAACAGAAUCUCGCCUCACCACUACUAUGGCACCAAGUCGUAAAAUAAGAGGUGUCGAUUAUGGACAUGAUGAUCACGACGAUCAUUCUUUAGGAUUUCCCUCUAUAGAAGGCGCACUGAUGGCCAUAUCCUUUCUUACGUUCGCAGUUUACCUUAUCCGAUUAGUGAUGCUUCUCUUCCGGAAUCUUAAUAUGCCCACGACUACCACAACCGCUGCUGCGAUAUUUCUCGGUAGAAGAAAAAGAUCCAAUGAUCUCGAUGACGAUACUGCUAGGAUACUUAGCAAUAUUAACACUUUCGUGCCCGAUUUUUAAAUAUAAAAUAAUAAUAUAAAUUAUAAUAUAAAAUAAUAAUAUAAAUUAUAAUAUAAAAUAGUAUGUUAUUGAUGGUGGAAACAAGUAAGGAAAAUUGGUGAUUCUAAAUGAAAAAAAUAUAUUGAAAAUAUACGGAAAAAUUUCUUCCUACAA